UCUCUGCUCCUUAACUGGAGAAAAAUAGAUGUUCUCUUCUUGUUGAUUCUUCUUGAGUUCUGCAGAAGGAUUUACAUAAACACACUCAAAGCUGAGCCACCUUCGUUAAAAUUAAUCAUAUGUACAAGUCUCUCUGUGAGUAAGAUGUGAACUGCUCAACCAUGUGGUAAUAACUCAUUCUAGAUGACAUGCAGAAUUUACUGAAAUCUAAUAAAUUGUAACAAUGUUUGGGAACAGUUUACUUUGCAUUGGAGAACUCCACAAGACUCAAGAACAAAUAGUGUUUGUUGGACUUGUGCCCAAAUACUUUGGGGUAAAGUCAUGUUAUGAAGUGGAUAAAAUACAUUCAGAAAGUUUAUUACUGAGCUGAUUGUUUAAAAAAAAAAAAACAGAGUCCUUGCUUUUCACUAAGACAUUUAUUCUAGUUGAUAUUCAAAACGUGUAACUAGCACAGAGGUAUGGGGCUGUAUCCAGUUAUUUCACAUGCAUUAAGUAUGUACUGAAUGCUGUGAAUUCACCUCCAGAGAUAGUCACCACUAUUGCAAGUUGUUGGACAUUUGAUAUGUAAAAUGUGUUCUUUUUAGUCAGCCUGGUCAUUUGGAAAGAACUGUCAGCAUGGAAGAUCACGAGAUCAGCUAUAGUGAGGGAGAACAGCAAAUAUCUCCUCUAGUGUUUCUAGAGGAGGAAGAAGAAGAACAAGAAGAGGAGGAAGAAGAAGAAGUUGAAAGAGAAGAAGAGGAAGAAAAGGAAGAAGAACAAAAAGAGGAAAAAGUAAGACAAGAAGAGGAAAAAAAAGAAGAUGCAGCUGAUCAGCUUCCUAACAUUGAAGAACACUGGAAAGAAUAUGAGCUGCUGGAAGAAGAGCUGGAUGAUGGUGGCAAGAUGGAAAACAAGGACACUUCUGAAGAUGUUGGAGACCAGUCUGAUUCUAGCACGCAAAGCUCAGAACACUCUUUGGCCAAUAUUGGUAACAUUAGGCCUCUGAAGUCUGCAGACAGAAUUCUCAUAACAGCCUUACAGAGAAACCUCCAAUUGCUCGAUGACAUGGUCAGGGAAAAGGAACUGGCAGUCCAAAAAACCAGUGACAUGCUGAGUGCCUGUCAGCUGCAGAGCAAGAUGCUGGCAAAGCAGCUGGAUCAUGUAGACAUGGAAAUAGAGAGAGUGGAGGAGGCUGGCAAUGUUGCAGCUGUGUCCCACCUGCAGGCCAUGAGCAGCCGAUUGUUCACUGAACUGGAGAGAGAGAAGGAGCUGGAGCUGAGACUUGCUCUGAUAUUAAAACAAAACUUGGUUGAGCUGUGGCAGAUAGAAACUGAGCAGGGAAAAUACGACAUCCUCUGUGAACAACUUCAAAAAGACGAGGAGGAGCUACAGAUGCAAUACCAGGAGGAGAGAGAAGUGAAGAUUUGGAAGGAAAAAAUAACAGCCCUGCAAGCAGAAGGAACACAUCAGACUCGAGAGAAAAGAGAGGAGGAAGCCUGGAGAGAAUGUGAAGAAAGAAAUAAAAAACUUCUCGAGAAUGCCAAAAGGAACCAUGAGAAAGCAGUCUGCUUCCUGAGGCAAAGCAUGGCAAGAAUUUGUGAAAAAAAUGCAAAGGAAGAAGUGAAAGCUCAGGAGCAUAUGGAGAGAAGGAUACAAGCUGUGCUUUCCCUGAAAACCAGCAUCACUUCCAACAGGGAAAGGCUCCAAAGUCUCCAGAUUUUGAACAAAGCAAAGGCCUUGGAAGCAAAGAAGGAGGAGAUGAAAAUGAGGGAGGCCAUCCUAGCAGAAGGGAGCAAUGUUAUCAGGGAAAUUUUUCUCCAUAAAGAACAGCAAGAGCAUGAAAAAAAGAAAGAAGCUUUUAGAGAACUGCAGAAGUCAAGAAAAAUGGAGAUUGUGUCUCAAAUUUUGCAAGAAAGAGCUUCUAUUCACAAGCAGAGAAAAAGUCGGUCCCCUACUAAGGCAAUUAUGGCUCAUGGUAAACUUGAGGAUCCUUUCCUGCAGAGGGGGGAAGCCUGGCAAAGUAAGGAGACCUGCAAACAUGCAGGUGGGGAAAUAUCACAGUCGUGGCACUCUCCAUCAGUUUGCUCCUUGGCUGGGGAGGAAACUGUUCCCGAAGGAGAGAGUUCUGAGAACAGACCCCAGCACGUGCUCUGGGAAAGUGGUGAUGAGGACAGAGAGAGGGACAAGACGCUCCUGGUACCAGAGUUCCCAGGACUUUGGAGUCAGGAAUAUGACUUGCAUGAGGUGCCCAAAGCAGAAGAUCCAAUACAGUUGGCUAUAAGGGCAAUGAUGAAACAAAUAGCUGAGAAAAAAACGGAGAAACUCCAAACUGGAAUUCUUCAUAAGCAAACUGUGCCUGGCCAGGGACAUAAGAGCUGUGCUUUCCACAGCAAACCCAGCUGCAUUCAUUUCAAGGAUUUUGAUGUUGGUCAAAUCUACAAAAAGAAGAUAGUUUUGACAAAUGCAUCCUACAGUGCUAAUUACUGCAGGCUGGUGGGAAUCAGUGAAUGCCUCAAGGACUUCAUUAGUGUUCAUUUUGACCCACCUGGCAAAAUAUCUUCUGGGAUGUCCUGUGAAUUCCUAGUAACAUUUAAGCCAAUGAUAAAUGAAGAACUGGAAGGAACAGUCAUAUUUAUGGCCCAGACAGGUUCUUUUUCUGUUCCACUGAAAUGUACAGUCAAGACCUGCAUUCUGGCUCUGGAUAAAGAGCUCAUUGACUUUGGCAGCCUUGUGGUGGGAGAGACAAUUUCACGGACCAUCAGCCUGACAAACAGCGGGGCUUUGGGAACCAGAUUCAAAGUUCAGACGUCAGCAGGUGCUACAAGUACCCUCAGAGCAACAGUAAAAGCUGCUCCUGCAAGAGUGGUCACUCAACAUCCCAGUGCCCAUGACCCUGAAGAGGAGGGCAUGAGUCCUGUGGCAGCUGGAGAUCCAAACGAGCAGAUUUGUGCUGAGCUCAAGGAGGGGGUGACCCUCUGUGCAGCUCAGGAGCCCAAGAGCAGCAGUUCCAUGGAACAACUUGGUCAAGGAGAACUAAAUACCAGAUCAGAUCCAGACACAAAUAAUGCAGAUAAUUUAUUGGAGUUUUUUCCUGAAGAAAUACCAAUUGAAAUUAUGCUUGGAAAGGUGACUGAGGGUGAGAUUGGACCCUUCAGCUUAGUGAAAAUCCCAGUCCUGUUUGUCCCAGCUGUCCCUGGGGAUGUGAGGGCAGAGUUUGUGAUCGUGUUUGACAACCCAAACUGCAAACCACUGAGCUUCAGUGCCAUUGGAGUUUCUGUAGAUGUGCCCAUCUGGGUGCCCCAGCCCAGCGUGGACCUCAGAAUCUGCCUGUAUGAGCGGCUGUACCAGGACAGCAUUGAGGUGUGUAGCAGAGCAACAACCAAGCUGCGUUUGAAGUUUGAGGUGUGCAGAGAAUUGAGCAAGCACAUGGAACUGCUUCCAAAAACAGGCCACAUUCAGGCUCAGUCAUCCUUCACCGCACAGCUCAAGUUCCUGCCCAGGAAGUCUCUUCCUGAAGAUGCAGGGAGGUAUUUCAAUGCAGAGACAGGAAUCCUGGAGGUUCCAGUGACAAUCCUCAUCGUGGACAAGGCUAAAAAAGUUAAUUUUACUGUCCAUGCCAUUCUUACUACUUCUGAUUUGGAAAUCAGCCCAGAACAGAUCAAUUUUGGAUACUGCACGAUCUAUGAAGCUGUACAAGCAAACAUCAUCCUAACAAACAAAUCCAUCUUGCCCCAGGAGUUUGGAUUUGUGGGACUGCCAGAGUUUGUUGAAGUUCAGCCCAACAAUGGAUUUGGAAUUAUUCUUCCCCAGGAAAGCCUGACACUGGACAUAAUCUUUAAAGCCACCAAGGCAAAAGAGUACAGCUUUGAGCUCUCCUGCAGGACAGAGAUCAACAGACAAUUCAAGCUGUCAUGCAAAGCAGUUGGAGUCCACCCACCUCUUGAAUUGUCUCAUUCCUUGGUUCAGUUUGCUGCUACAGUCCUGAACUCUGUGUCUUCAGCCACCCUGGAUGUGCUUAAUUCCCACGUGGACAGGAACCCCCUCACUCACCCUGUCUCAUGGAUUGGCAGUGGGAACCCUGUCCCAGUUGGCCCCACUUGCUUUGAAUUCCAUGUGCCCCAAGACUGUCCUGUGACCAUUACACCUUCUGUGGGAACUGUGCUGCCUGGGCAGAAAAGCUCCAUCCGAGUAUCCUUUAGCCCGGUGCUGUCAGAUCAGCAAAUCAGGGAGGAGGCAGCACGGAGGCUCAGCACAGCAGCUGUGCCAGAGGCAGGAGCACAGAUUUCCAGAAGUCCCCGUCAGUCUCCAAUGGGCAAAAAGAGGAAAGAUUCAAAGAAAGAGCGAAAAAAAUCAAGCGUUUCCAUUCCCAGAGGAAAGGCUGGAAGCAGGAAAUGCCUGGCUGCUGUAAAUAGCCCUAAAGAGCCAGAACCUGAAGAGUUAAAGCCCAAUUCUGAUGUUUAUAGAGCAGCCCAGUGUUCCCUGACAAAGAGUUUCAGAGGGAGUUUUAACAAAUACAUCAUCCCAUGCUUCGUUGCAAGUGGCCACGCCACUGGAGAGGAGGGCCCUGGGAACUUAACCUGCAGCCCUCACAACACCUUGUACCUGGAGCUGCACUGCCCUGCUGUACCCCCACCUGUUCUGAUCACUUCCGACUCCAGGGUCAAUGCGGCCAACUUUGGGGACGUUUCUGUAGGCCACAGAAUGGUGAAAAGAAUUACAAUAGAAAACAUCUCCCCACGGAAGCUGGAACUGGGAUUCUCAGUUCUGAAUCCCAGUGGCCCUUUCCUGUUGGUCAGAGCUGUUGGAACGCUUGAGCCAGGUGAAAAGAAACCCCUCAUCAUAUCUUUUUGUCCAAGUGAGGAUAAAUGGUUCUUGGAAACUCUGGACAUCCAGGUGGGAAAGAUCAACCUCACCCUUCACCUCUCUGGCCGUGGGGUGGUGCCAAGCACUGAGUGCUCCGUGGGAGAGGUGCUGGACAUGGGAUACAUCAUGGCCAGGGACACGGUGACUGCCACAGUCAAGAUUGAGAACACUUCCAACCUGACCCUGCUGUUCUCUGUACAACUGGAGUCGCUCUCACCAACAUGGGACAGAGACAGGCAGAAAAUUCCAUCCUUUCUUACAUCUUCUAUGCAGAGAACAGAGAUUGUUGGAACACAGAACUAUAAUGGCUCCAGUGUGUUCAGUGUCUCUCCAACAGAAGGAAAAAUUGAGGCUGGGAAGACCCAGGAUUUUGUUGUUACUUUUAGUCCUGAUCAUGAAAGUCUCUACUACUCUGACUGUCUUAAGGUUCUGCUCUUUGGGAAGCAAACAGCCCACGAGAUCCACCUGAAGGGUGCAGCCCGGGAUCACCUCAUGUUUGUGGAGGGGGGAGUGCCCCUGGAUGUACCCAUGGAGUCCUUGGCUGUGAUCUCAUCUGUGGCACCACAGGAAAGAGGGCCACAAGAAGCAGUGAGGUCCCUUCUCCUGCUCCUGGAGUACAUGGAGGGCUCAGCAGAGCCAGCCAGGGCAGAGAUCACCAUUGGCACCAUGCAAAGUCCUCUGUUGGCAGCCAAGAAGGCCGUGGAGUUCAGCCUGGACAGCGGCCCGGAGCUACAGCAGGCGGGGUUCAUGCUGGACGGCACGAGGGGAGCCCUGGAGUGCGGGCAGCUGCAGCAUAUCAGCGUCUCGUGGAUGCCACCUGCCGACCUGCAGACCAGUGACCCCCCGCUUGUGUCAGCCCUCCUUACUGUAAAAGGUGACAUUACAGAGUCCUACCGAGUCCUGUUCAUGGCAAGAAUUGUGUCGGCACCUGCUCCCACUGAAUCCUCAUCAGGCCAAAUGGAAAGGAAGAUGGAGGCUACAUUACUGUGAGAUCCCUGGAUCUCUGGUGAAACAUGGGAGAGAUUUUGAGAUUGCUGCAAAUAAGAGUGAGGGCAGCAGGGACAUGGGAAGGAAGGGCCAUGUAAUAUUUCUGCUCUGUUUCAUCCAAAGUUCUCUGUAAACUCUGGUGCCAGUAGCUUCAUUUUCCAGCUGACUCUGUGACAAUAAUCUUGUGUUAGAAGAAAGAAUUACUGAGGGCCCCAAGAAGCUACACCUGCUGUUAAUCCCAUGUCUCCCAAAGGUCGGCAAAGGAAGAGUAUCUGAUUUACAUCCACAUAAGUGAGUUUCUAUCUUUUUCCAAUUUCAGAUGCUUUUUGUAGGAUUUGUAAAAGCCUUGACUUUUUCUCUUUUAAGACCAGAAUAAAGUUUCUUAUUCAAGCCUCCUCCAAGUCAUUCGGGCAGUCACUUUUACAAUGUACAGUCAAAUCUGUCUGGUAACACAUGGUCAAGGGAGAAUAUCCCUGUGCUAUUCCCUGGAUAUGGCCAGGCAUUUGCCAGAGAUCCUGGCUGUCCAGGAACUUUGUAUUUCUAUAUUUGCCUUCUGCUGAAUUCCAUCUUGUAAUAAAUUAUUGUAUGUAUUAAAAAUUCAGAGAGAUAUAAAUUAAAUGUGUUUGUAAUAAUGUGAAAUAUAAAAUGUAAAAAAACCCUGCUCCGGGUCUGGUCGAGAUCCCCUUUGGAAAGUGACAGAUUGCAACCAACACCCAAGAUAACGAACUCAGGGAAAACCCAUCAACUCAGACAAAUUGACAGGACAAAGACCAUCAAGACAACAAUAGAGCUGGCUCAGAGAAAAUACCUACCUCCGGACCUGAACAACGCCCUACAGAUUUCUGUGAGGAACAAUCAGGUUGACAAAAAAGACAAACUCCAAAAAGAUAAUCAUCACCAGACCUGAACACCCCACCUGUCGAACCAGUAUUGGAAGAAGCAAUCAAGAAGGACAAAGGGGAAAACACGGCCUAGAUACCCAUCUGCACCAGCCCAGAUUCCACUACUCUGCUCUGAUGACACAAGUUGAAAUACAUAUAGAAUCUCCUUUGCAUAUGAGGAGACUCUGCCCAGACACUAGUUAACUCUAUUAUUCCAUGCCAGGAAAUCCAUUCACUGGACGAUCAGAGACACUUGGUGAAUGGAACCUGCUUGGAAUUUUAGCCCAAGGACAUAAAAUCUCUAUAAAAACCGAAGCAUGGAAACCCUCAAGCGUGGAUUUGGGAACCCUAUACCUUUGGUGUAGACCCUGUCCACCCAGCGCUGCACUGACUAUUUUAUUGUGGUAUUUUAUCAUUGUUGCUUUCUGUUGUUUAUUAAUAAAUCUUUCUUUUAAUUCGUAUCACGAAUUUGCCUUUGCAUUUAUAACAGAUUGGUGCCGUGACUCGGAUCGGGAAAACUGCAGGAGAAUCUCGCUGUCCAGGGGGGUACCCCCACCGAUUUUGGUGGCCUGGGAAGCCGUGAACCUCCGCAGUUCGCUCCGACAUCCGAACCAAAUUUAGGCGAAA